CGAGUGUGCUGUUACCCAACGCGUUCAGUGCCCGGUGCAGUGCUGAGGACCCGGGGGGCUCCGUGCCACUCAUGUCACCGCUCCCGGUGUCACCUUGGCUCCGCGGGCCAGCAGCAGCCUGCCCAGGCAUGGCACAGGGGCUGGCCGAACCUAAUGCCAACGAAAAAACUGCACAACCAUCACACGGAGUAAGCCCCUCGGUGGUGGAGAGUUGACUGGUGAAAGGGUCCAGGGCUCGGGCUGUGCCCUGGGAGAGGUGCAAGUGGCUGAAAAACUCCAACCACCCCUCACGUCUCAUCCACGCCUCCUUCAGGAGCCGUUCAGAGAGUGGUUGUUGCGUGCUGACCUCUGGGGUUUGGUCUGGCCACAUUAAUCCCACACACUGGACCCGACUGCUGUUAUCUGCCCACCCUUGGUGCCGUGGUUUGUUUCUGUAUCUUUCACCCACCCUUUUUCCUGUUGUUCCAACUAUACCCACCAGGACCCCCAGCCUGGCUCAACCUCGGCCAGCAUCGAGUGGAGGCACCAAGGGCACGAGGAUGGGGCCGACCUACUGUCCCUGUGUCCCUUCGCUCUCCAACCAGGCACAUGUCCCCAGCGAGGUGUCCUUAACCACCCCCAGUGGAUUUUCCUUCCAUUAUUUGCUCAGCCACAUUCUGAGGCUAACACCUGCCACGUUAGCAGCAGCGAAAGGAAAACGCAGGCUUCCGUAAGAACACGGACCUACAAAACCUUAUUUACUACUUACAUCCAUCCCAAACCUGAUUUUAUUCUGUGCUUCCUGAGGGCAGCACGCAGUGUUUGCCAAGGCACACCUUUCAGGAAGGGGGGCGAUUAUUUUUUUUCCUUGAAGCCUGGGAGUUGUAGUGUUUGCUCGGGCUCGGUGCAAACUACAUUUCCCAGCAAACUCCUUGUCCGCAGGCCUGCAGAGGUCGGUCGGGCAGCGCUAUGACAGCAAGCUGUCUGUCCUCUGCCUGUGCCUGGCUGCUCUCUUCCUGCGGAGCUUUCGGAUGUGUGUUAGGAAACAAACCCCAGCCGUGGGCCCUGCUCAGCAUGUUCUCUGCCAGGAGGUUGCCAGGGAGUUGCAGAGCCACCCGACUCCAUCACCUCAGACACCACUCCGUGUCCAGGCCCUCUCCAAACUUAGCUUUCGUGCCAGCCUGUCUUCCCCCGGAUCCUGUGGAAGUAGAGGAGCUGCAGCGUUUUGUUUCUAACUCCAAGAAGCUCUUUGUAAUGACCGGGGCUGGAAUCUCGACUGAAUCGGGGAUCCCAGAUUACCGCUCUGAAGGAGUCGGGCUCUACGCCAGGACCGACAGGCGGCCCAUCCAGCACGCAGAGUUUGUUCGUAGCGCCAGCGCCCGGCAGCGGUACUGGGCAAGGAACUUCGUGGGCUGGCCCCAGUUCUCCUCCCACCAGCCCAACACGGCGCACCUGGUGCUGAGAGACUGGGAGAAACUGGGAAAGCUCCACUGGCUGGUGACCCAGAACGUGGACGCCCUUCACACCAAAGCUGGGAGCCAGCGCCUGACAGAACUGCACGGCUGCACACACAGGGUUUUCUGCCUGGGCUGUGGAGAUCAAACCUUGCGCUCUGAGCUUCAGGAGCAUUUUGAAGCUCUGAACCCUACCUGGAAAGCUGAAGCACUCGGUGUGGCUCCGGAUGGGGACGUCUUCCUGACGGAUGAGCAGGUGCGCAAUUUCCAAGUCCCAGCUUGCAGUAAAUGCGGUGGCAUCCUGAAGCCCGACGUGACCUUCUUUGGAGACACGGUGAGCCGGGAAAAGGUGGAUUUUGUGCACCAACGCCUGGCAGAGUCAGACUCCAUGCUGGUGGCAGGAUCCUCUAUGCAGGUAUACUCUGGUUACAGGUUUGCUCUUGCUGCUCGGGAGAAGCAGCUGCCCAUUGCAAUCCUUAACAUCGGGCCCACAAGGUUAGACCACUUUGCAUCCUUAAAACUGAAUUCCCGCUGUGGAGAGCUGCUGCCUCUGAUUGUUGCACACUGACCCAGCAAACUGAACAUCAGCAGCUAUCAGGAGUAAGAAUAUUUCUCCAAGGACUUACCAUCUCAAAAGUGGAGAAACUUCAAUGUCAGGGGUAUCUGUGAGAUCCUUACGUGUGGCCCCUGAUGACACCAGGAGAGGGCAGCAAGCCUCGCGCAUGUCGACCUGACCGGUUUGUUUUCUGCAUUGACACCCGCUCCACUUAACCAGGAAGGAGAAUGAUGAUGAAAAAAUGUCUUUUCUGCCUUACUUUGUCGUUGUAAACAGUGCCUUCUCUUUGCACUCACUGGGGCAGGAUAAUCAGACAUGUGAGAACAUAACACUUUUUUUUUUUUUUAAUAGUUGUCCCAGGAGAAGAGUGAGGGGCAGGGAGUUUGACCAAGUAACUUGAGGUAGAAUAGUAGAGGAGAGCAAUGUGGAACACCACAGUAUCAGCUGGAGGAUCCGUUGCUAUUAGUGGGCAAACGUGGGGCGUGCUAAAGAGGGUAAGGACGCAAGGGAUUUGCUGUUGCAUUUUAAAAAAAGUGGCUAAGAAGAGAAGCUGAACAAGAAUACUGCUCUUGUAAGAAACGAUUUGAAAGCACAGACUACAAGGUUGACAUCUUUGAGCAAAAAGGGGAAGUCAGCACUUCUCUCAACUGUCAGCUGACCAGUUGAACUACUUACUGUCCGAAUGCUUUAAAAAUGGAAUAUUGUUGAGAUGCCAGAGGAUUUACUUUAAGCUAAUAUCUGACCAGAGCUGCUUUCAGUAUGGCUGCUACCUUUUCUAGAAUGCAUUUUUUAGAGAUGUUAUUUAAUUAAUGAAUAACUAAGUAGUGAAUUAAAAUUGUUUACAUGACUGAUA